UGAAUGACCGCGUGACCAGUGCGCGCCGGCGAGCCGCACGUCACGGCAAACAAACUAUGUCCACUAACCGACACAUGCAUUUUCUCAUCCUCACAGCUGGAUAGUAUUUGUUGUGCACGACAGUUGAGAUGCGCCUCGAUGCAGCCCUCGGAGUGAUCACAGACCUACGUCUUUGUCUCAUCGGUGGUCUCUGUCCUACGAUUCUAGCAAUCUGGCAGGUUCCCUCGUUACUCUUCCAACCACGUGAAAUCUCCCGCGUUUUCAUGUCCCGUGUAUGGGACCUCUAUGGUAAUAGCGUCGACGAAGCCGGAAGGCAGGUCAAAAAAGGGCUCAUCACUCCACACGCCUAUGGUGUUGUGCUAGACAUCGGUGCAGGACACGGCCACAUCGUCAACUACUUCGACCAUUCACGUGUCACGAAAUACGUAGCUGUAGAGCCUAACGUGCAUAUGCAUGCAGAACUGCGCCGUACUGCCUCUGCUGCCGGGUACAGCGAAGAUGCUGGAACGCUCCUCAUCCUCCCUUGCGGUGCUGAAAACAUUUCUACCAUCCUUUCCUACCUUCCGGCGCCGCACCCUCCUGUAGACACGCUCAUAUCUGUCCUCACUCUUUGCUCCGUCCCCUCUCCACAAUCCACGAUCUCCACAUUGGUCACAGAGGUGCUGAAACAUGGGGGGCAGAUAUUGUUCUAUGAACACGUGCUUAGCGAGAGAAAGGAUGUUGUGUGGUGGCAACGUUUUUGGACGCCGUUGUGGGGUAUUGUUUUUGAUGGAUGUCGUCUGGAUCGCCCAUCUCAUCGGUGGAUUGAGGAUGUGGGGGGAUGGGUGCAGGGAGAAGGAGGUAUUUGGGGGAAGGAAGGGGAGACUGAAGAACACCUGUUUUGGCACCGAGUGGGGAGAUUAGUGAAGGCGUGAGUAAAUUCGUGCCAUUCAUUCUUCUCCAUAGACUUGGUCCUUCACAAUUAACACGUAUCUUUUUGACGAAUGAAACCACUGACUGCCACGUAUGUGCUCGCUGCUGUUCAGCGUCGA